AUGGUUGUCACGUUAAGAAGUGGUAAGAUAUUGAAUGAAAUUAUGAAAGAAAAUGAACCCAUGAGGGUUGAAAAAGAGAGUGAUAAAGAAGAGGAACAAGUGCCUAAAGAGAAUUCUAGUGAUCAAAACCCCACUUCUUCUACAGUAAAACCUUAUGUACCCCCCAUUCCAUAUCCACAAAGGUUACAAAAGAGGAACCAGGAUAAUAACUUUAAAAGAUUUUUAGAGGUUUUUAAAAAAUUGCAUAUUAAUAUUCCUUUUACAGAAGCACUUGCCAAUAUGCCAUCUUAUACCAAGUAUAUUAAGGAAAUUGUGUCUAAUAAAAAGAAAUUGGAAGAGUUUGCUACUGUGCACCUAAAUGAGGAGUGUAGUGCUGUUUUGCAAAGCAAAUUACCUCCUAAGUUAAUGGAUCUAGGAAGUUUUUCUAUUCCUUGCACUAUUGAUAAUACUAUUGUUGAUAUAUGUUUAUGUGAUCUAGGUGCCUGUAUUAACUUUAUGCAUUUAACUCUUUUCAAUAAGAUGGGAAUAGCUGAAAUGAAGCCGACAACAAUCUCUCUUCAACUUGCUGAUAGAUCAGUCAAAUACCCACUUGGAGUAGUGGAGGAUAUCUUGGUAAAAGUUGGUAAAUUUUUAUUUCCUGCUAAUUUUCUGAUUCUUGAUAUGGGUAAUGAUACAGAUACAUCUCUUAUACUUGAAGAAGAAUUUGUUAAGCAUUCACCUAGUGAAACACCACAUCAACUUGAACUUAAACCACCUUCAUUGCGGUUCAAAUACGAAUUUUUGAGUAACAAUGAUACUUUUCUUAUGUUUUCUUAUGCUCAUUUACUUCAUGCAAAAGAAGAGAGAUUGUGGAGAACAUUGACUAAAGCUUGGCAUGACAAAAAUAAUUUUUGGAGAGAAUUCAAUGUUGGGCAAGAAGUUUUGUUGUCUAAUUCUUGUCUUAAGCUUUUUCUAGAGAAAUUGAAGUCUAGAUGGUUUGGUCCUCUCAUGGUCACUAAAGUUUGUUCCUAUGAGGCCAUAGAGAUUGAAAGAGAGAAAAAGAGACCAUUCAUGGUUGCUUCACCAAAAGGCAGCUCCGGAAGAAACUGGCAACUAACAGGGAAGUUUCCUGUUUAUUUCAUUUUCUCAUACUUGCUUUUAUAUUUAACAUUGAGGACAAUGUUGAGUUUGAGUGUGGGGAUGGGAAAGUAA